AUGGAAUUGAAAAAUCAUACGGUUUUGAUCAUUGGUACAGGGGGUACUAUAGCUUCUGACCCUACUCCUGAAGGAUUGACGCCCCUUCGAAACGAUACUUUCUUUCGACGUAUUCGUCAACAUCCACUCUUAUCAGAUUCAACACAAGAUUUUUCUUCUCAAGUUUUCACAACAAUCGUUGGACGUAAUACUCUUUAUCCUCGAUUGAGAACCCCGCCAUUGGACGAAUAUGGUUCUAGGGUGGAAUAUGAGAUAUUAGAUUUAGAUAGACAUGUUGAUAGUUCUGAAAUGACACCUUCUGAUUACAAUAACAUAGCUUCUCUCGUUUACGAGAAUUGGGACAAGUAUGAUGGGUUCGUCAUUCUUUCCGGUACAGAUACUCUGGCUUACACAUCCUCCAUCCUUACCUUCCUCUUCAUCAACGCUGGCAAACCUUUGGUAGUCACCGGAGCUCAAAUACCACUUUCCCUACCACGUUCAGACGGUUGGACAAAUUUAUUAGAUUCUUUACUUGUAGCUGGCGUUCUGCCAUAUUCCGGAGUGGGCGUGGUGUUCCACCAUCAAGUAUUCAGAGGAUGUAGAGCUACAAAAAUCUCACCUAAUUUCUUCGCAGCGUUCGAGUCGCCUUGUAUACCAACGUUGAUCAAUCUCAAUGUAAAGAUCACCUACUCAACAGACCUCACCACCCGUUCUUCACUACCCCCACCACCUCUCGUUCAUCUCCUCACUAGUCCCGCCGUCUUAUCAUGUAUCAUUCACCCAGGAAUCACCGGUACUCUUCUCUCCGCCCAAAUUCACGCUUUACCAACAUGUAAAGCUGUCAUUCUUUCUGCUUACGGAUCGGGAAAUCUUCCUUUAGAUCCCUCAAAUGGUGUUUUGAAAGCUUUGGAAGAUGCUGUCAGUAUGGAAAUUUUAGUCGUUGUCAUCUCACAAUGUCCGGUACCAAAUGUAUAUCCAUUGUAUACACAAGGUCGUACUCUACUUGAUAUUGGUGUUUUACCGGGGAACGACUUAACGCACGAAGCUGCUUUUGCCAAGUUACUCUGGUUAGUUUCACGGGAUGAUCUCAAUUUUAAAGACAGACAGAAAUUGUUUGAAGUGUCCAUAGCAGGGGAGAUGACCAACACAAGUAACGUGUCCUAG